AGAAGAAACGCCGGAAGUUAGCAACGCGCAGGUUUUGUUUGUUUAAAAAAAUGUGUCAGGUCAGAAAGCUGAGAAUGUUGAUGGAACAGCGACUAAAUUCUGUCGUUGAAGAAAUAUUUGGACUGUUUGAAAGAACCAUAGCAGACUACGAGGAAGAACUUUCUCGGACGAAAGAGGAAAAAGAACGACAACAAGAACUACUGAAUGCUGUUUUCAAACCUCGAGUUGUGCUACACAGAGCAGACGUCCAGCAGGUGUCAGCAGAGAGUCAUGAAGAGAUUCCCUCCAAGCAGCAGGAGUGGAGCUCCAGUGUGGGACAAAAGAAGCUUGAGCCCACUCCUAUAGAGGAAGAAGAAGAACUGUGGGAGCAGCUUCCAAGUUUGAAGGAGGUUAAUGACGAAGAUGAUAUAAACUCAGAACCAGACAGCAUCUUUGCUCCACUGUCAGACAUGGACGACAUGAUGUCAGACCUUUCUGAUCACAGUGACCACAUCCAAAAACAUUUGGAGAGUAAAAAUGACUCUAAAGGUGAUACGAGACAUCACACUAACAACAAACACUUUGACUGCACUGAAUGUGGGAAAUCAUUUAGAUGGAAGAGUGAUUUUACAAGACACAUGAGAAUACAUACUGGAGAGAAACCUUUUACUUGCUUUGUUUGUAAGAAGAGUUUCUCCAUUAAGCGUGACAUGACCACACACAUGAGAACACACACUGGAGAGAAACCUUUUACUUGCAAUGUUUGUAAGAAGAGUUUCUCCAGAAAUAAUCACAUGACCACACACAUGAGAACACACACCGGGGAGAAACCUUUUGCUUGCUCAGCUUGUGCUAAAAGAUUCAACACUAAGAAUACAAUGAUAUCACACAUGAGAACACACACAGGUGAGAAACCUUCCACUUGCUGUGUCUGUAAGAAGAGUUUCCCCACAAAGCAUCACAUUACCACACACAUGAGAACACAUACUGGAGAGAAACAUUUUACUUGCUCUGUUUGUAAGAAUAGUUUCUCCAGAAAGCAAGACAUGACCACACACAUGAGAAUACACACAGGUGAGAAACCUUUCACUUGUUCUGUAUGUAAGAAGAGAUUCCCCAGAAAGUAUCACAUGACCAGACACAUGAGAACACACACUGGCGAGAAACCAUUUAGCUGCACUGUGUGUGAUAAAACAUUCAGGUUUAGGCAGCAGCACUGUAUGAAGCCACAGUGA